AUGCGUGCGUCGCCCGGCAGCUGCCCCGCGAUCUGCCCCGACCUCAGCGAGGUCUUGGCGGAGCUCCACGAGCAGCGGCGUGAGCGCGAGCGGCGGGCCGCUGGGCGCGCAGAGGCGCUGCGAUCGGGCGUGCCCUGGCACGUCGAGUUGGUGACGGCUAUCCUGGGGAGCCUGGCCUUCUAUGCGCGCGCGGUGCUUCUCCUGUGCGGGGGCGAGCCGAACCUAUGGCACGAGGCCAGCAUCCUCCGCAAGAGCUCCGAGACGUGCUACCGGAGGAUCCACGGCGAGGACCCUCCAGUGAACAAUUGGCUCUGGUGGAUUCUGACAGUGGACGGCGACGUGUGCCCGCAGGAUCUCUCCGUGCCUGGGGACCUACAGUUCACUCACGUGAAGAAGGGCGAUGCUGACGCCAUGAUGGUGGUGACUCCUGGGGGGGCCCUGCAGUGCUACUCCGCCGCCGCCGACUCGAUCGACGAGCGUCAUUACAACUGGGCCCACCAGCUGAACUCGAGUGGCGACCGCUCGGUGCACGAGCACUUCUACAUCAUGAAGGUUCUCGAGCUGGCGGCCGGGGUCGACCAGCUCAACAUCCCCGCGCUGGUCUCUCUGGAGGCGCUCGGGAGGCGUGCCAUGCUGAUCGAGCAGGCGCACCUCAAUUCUCCUGGCAGCCCCGACUACACCGGGGCCGACGACUUCAUGGGCUGGGGGCCGGGCCGUGGCAGGGCUCUGGUGGCCCCAACUUUGGUCAAGCACGUGGCUGAGAAGGCUCGCGACAAGGCGUCGGUAUAUAAGGAGUUGCGCAAGCACAAUGAGGAGCUUCGUUUGAGGAGGCCGCCCAAAGGACGACGUCGGCUCACGGACGAGGUGAGUGAGAGCAUUUGGGCCCUCAACUGGCUCGUGGGUUCUUCCACCGCCAAUGCCAAGUUUUCUUCUCUUGGGCAGCGGGCCACCGUUGACCACCUGUACGAGACCAUCAAUUCUUUUCGGCCGCCGCCUCAGGCGGUCUCAGACGAGGAAGCCAUGCGUGCGCUUCUCGGCAGCAGAGCCCCUUAUGGCGGGGACGAUGACUUGACAGUGGUUCCCUACGACCGUGCUCUGGCUAUCCCCGGUGACGGGCGAGUUCCCGUGCCCCUUGCCGAGGUGUUGCCGCUGGACGCCGCAAAGCUGAUCGUAGAUUUUGACACCCACCUGAUCAAGGACGACAGCCAGUGGGGAGCGGAGGUGGAGCGUGGUCUCGAGCACAUCGGUUCUUACAUGGACCCGCGGCUCCGCUUCAGCCGCAGCAGUUAUCUCAACUUCAUCGGGGUCCUGUUCAGAG